GAGCAGCUCCGCCUCUGCGGGAAGCCCCACCCUCUCCCGGGACCCGCCUGGAUUUAAGGUGGAAGGCCCGCUGCACAACCUCAAACACGUUCUGUGUCUAGGUAGUGGAGCCCGCGUAUUCUCGAACUUCAGGAUGGUUUAUGCUAAGAGCUGGACCCUGAAGAAGCACUUCGAAGGCAGCCCCACUCAUGGUAACUUUGAGUUGAAAACAGUUGAACUCCCACCCUUAAACAAUGGAGAGGUCCUGCUGGAAGCUUUGUUCCUCACUGUGGAUCCUUACAUGAGAGUGGCAGCCAAAAGAUUGAAGGAGGGUGAUACGAUGAUGGGGCAGCAAGUGGCCAGAGUUGUGGAAAGUAAAAACUCAGCCUUCCCAACAGGAACUAUGGUAGUGGCUUCUUCAGGCUGGACAACUCACUCCAUUUCUGAUGGGAAAGAUCUGGAAAAACUGCCUGCAGAGUGGCCAGACACAUUACCAGUGUCUUUGGCUCUGGGAACAGUUGGCAUGACAGGGCUAACAGCCUACUUUGGCCUGCUUGACAUCUGUGGUGUGAAGGGUGGAGAAACAGUGAUGGUUAAUGCAGCAGCAGGAGCAGUGGGCUCUGCUGUGGGCCAGAUAGCUAAGCUCAAGGGCUGCAAAGUUGUUGGAGCAGCAGGGUCUGAUGAAAAAGUUGCCUACCUUAAAAAGCUUGGAUAUGAUGUUGCCUUUAACUACAAAACAGUAGAGUCUUUGGAAGAAACUUUGAAAAAAGCCUCUCCUGAUGGUUACGAUUGUUAUUUUGAUAACGUAGGUGGAGAGUUUUCAAACAUUGUUAUCCCCCAGAUGAAGAAGUUUGGAAGGAUUGCUAUUUGUGGGGCCAUCUCUGUGUAUAAUACUACUCGCCCACUUCCCCCAGGCCCACCCCCAGAGAAUAUCAUCUAUCAGCAACUCCGCAUGGAAGGGUUCAUUGUCACCCGCUGGCAAGGAGAUGUCCGUCAGAAGGCUCUGAAAGACUUGCUGACAUGGGUCUUAGAGGGUAAAAUCCAGUACCGUGAAUACAUCACUGAAGGGUUUGAAAACAUGCCAGCUGCGUUUAUGGGAAUGCUGAAAGGUGAAAAUUUGGGGAAAACAAUAGUGAAAGCAUGAAAAAAAAAGACACAUGGAAUCUAGAAUUCAUUUGGAUGAUUACCACGUCUCUUUAACCAUUUAGUAAAAAUACAUACUGCCUUCAUUAUCUAAAAAUUGUAAUGAGUUUGAUCUAUCUAAUAAAACACAUUUAAGUGGUAUGUAAUUAGCAA